AUAUAAUUCUUGCAGCCUGCGCAAUCAAACCUGUGCAAGGCUUCGAGCAAAACCCAAUGGCGGGUUGACACAGUCGCGCAUCCAGUUCCACAUUCCCUCGGGCGUGUGUUCUUCGCCAUCUCGCGAUGAAGAUGCGAACUUGGUGUCGCAAGACCGUCCCUUUCGCUUGCAACAAGUACGCGAUCACUGCAUCAGUCGCCUCGAGACCCGUUACCUCCUCUGCGACUCGUGCAGACUUCUCCGACCCAGAUGCGUCAGAGGCCGAGAGCUCGAAUGAACCUUGCGUCAUACAGGCCAAGGACCUUCUUCGCAGAAGCCCCGGUUCUGGGUCUGGGCUUCACGUCCUCGACUUGCUCGAUCGUGGGUUGCUGCAACCUGAUCGAGCUCUGUAUAACAGCAUGCUGAGGAGAUGUACCCAGUUGAAGAAGAUUAAUGAGGGGAGGCUGGUUUGUGCCCACGUUCUCAAGUCGAUGUUCAAGCAUGACAGGCUUAUCCAUAAUACAAUACUCAACAUGUAUGCCAAGUGUGGUCUCAUGGGUGAGGCUCGGACGUUGUUCGAUGAAAUGCCCGUGAGAGAUAUGGUUACUUGGACUACUAUGAUAACUGGGUAUUCCCAGAACAACCAGUCUGAUGGGGCGGUUGCUUUGUUUCCGCGGAUGCUUCAGAUGGGUUUGCAGCCAAAUGAGUUUACUUUGUCCAGCCUUCUCAAGGCUCUUGGGUUCUGGCCUAGUGAUAAGUGCGGUAGGCAGGUUCAUGCCUAUUGUUUGAAAUGUGGAUAUUGUUCGAAUCUUUAUGUCGGUAGUGCUUUGGUUGACAUGUAUGCUAAGCAUGACCGAAUUGAUGAAGCGUGGUCGAUUUUCUGUGUGCUGGUGAACAAGAAUGAGGUGUCGUGGAAUGCUUUGAUUGCUGGAUAUGCUAGGAAAGGUGAGGGCGAGCGUGCUCUUCGUAUGCUCCAGGAGAUGCUGAGGACUGGUUUCGAACCCACUCAUUUCACGUACUCGAGUGUGUAUGGUGCCUUAUCGGCCACAGGAUCUUUGGAGCAGGGCAGAUGGGUUCACGCACAUAUGAUCAAAUCAGGGGGUCAGCUUAUUGAGUUCGUGGGAAAUGCUCUCCUCGUCAUGUAUGCAAAGUCUGGUAGCAUUGAGGAUGCUGAAAAAGUUUUUUAUAGGUUGUUGAGACGGGAUUUAGUUUCUUGGAAUUCACUGCUCACUGGAUAUGCUAAACAUGGGCGUGGGAGGGAAUGUGUGAGCAAAUUCAAAGAAAUGCUGAGGAUAGGAAUUCAACCGAAUGACAUAACCUUCCUCUGUGUUCUGAACGCUUGUAGUCAUGCUGGACUUUUGGACGAAGGGCAGUACUAUUUUCAUUUGAUGAAGAAGUAUAAUGUUGAGGCACGCAUUGUGCAUCACGCAACAAUAGUUGAUCUUCUGGGUCGAGCGGGUCUUUUGGAUCGAGCGAAAAAGUUCAUAGAGGAGAUGCCUAUUGAACCUACAGCCGAAAUCUGGGGAGCAUUGCUUGGUGCUUGUAGGAUGCAUAAAGACAUGAAGUUGGGUGCAUAUGCAGCAGAGCGGGUUUUCGAGCUUGAUCCCAAUGAUUCGGGGCCCCAUGUGUUGUUGUCUAACAUAUAUGCUUCAGCGGGUAGAUGGGGCAAUGUGGUUAAAGUGAGAAGGAUGAUGCAGAAGAGUGGGGUGAAAAAGGAGCCCGCAUGUAGUUGGGUGGAUAUCGAGAACAAGGUCCAUAUGUUUGUGGCUAAUGAUGAUUCUCAUCCACAUGGAAAAGAAAUCCGAAAGAUGUGGGAAGAAGUCAGUGCAAAGAUUAAGGAGAUGGGUUAUGUUCCAGACACUAGCCAUGUGCUUUUCUUUGCGGACGAACAAGAGAGGGAAUCGAGAUUGCAACACCAUAGCGAGAAGCUUGCUUUGGCAUUUGCACUUCUAAAUACACCCCCUGGAUCUACCAUUCGGAUCAAGAAGAACAUCAGAGUUUGUGGCGAUUGUCACUCGGCAUUUAAGUUCGCAUCUAAGGUGUUGGAUCGAGAAAUCAUCCUGAGAGAUACCAAUAGAUUCCAUCAUUUCCAUGAUGGCUUCUGUUCCUGCGGGGACUAUUGGUAAUCAAUAAUGCAAGUUAGAAUGCAUAGCCAUAUGAAGCUGACUGUGGUGAUUAGUGAUUCUAUUGCUUACUUAUCUGCUGCUUUAUCGGCCACAAAUUCGAACUAUUGGCAUUGCCUGCUUGGCGCACACCAAAGCAGGUUCUGUGCCCUGCAAUAGUAGUAACGGGGGGUCUGGUGGAGUUGGUGGAAUUAGAGUCCCUUUAGGAAGCUCCCAAAAGGUAGAUCGGCGUGGUCUCUGAAUGAGCUGAAUGAAUGCAUGGGGUAAUGCUGGAUUUUUUAAGGACAUAGGCUAUGGCGAAUCAUGGAAAGCCAGAAAGUGGAGUUUUUGUCUUUGUGGUAAUCAGCACACCAUCUCUUUCAUGAGCUUUGUCAUAGGGCAGCGAAGAAAGGGAUGAUCAGCCUGGUUGCAUGUUCAUUAUGGAUCAAGCAAUAAUGGGCACCAUCAGGAUGGCAUCUCGAUUGAUGGUUUGCAUGCUCAUUACAUACACAAAAUUUAUAGCUUGUGCACGCUCAUACCGGAGUUAGAUUUUAUAUAUCUGGAUAGACAUGAAUCUCGGGUGAGAGCUUAUUCCUUGGUUAAUUUUUGUUCACACAGACGAGGUGAUCAAGUGAUGAAGCUUGAUAUUAAGCAUAAGACGAUUCUUAUGCUAGAAAAGCUAGAAAAGCAUGGUCUUUUCUAUCAAAAGGAAAUCAUAAGUGAAGAUCAUGUUGAAAGCGGAUAACAAGGAAGCAAGAGCAACUUUCUGAGGUUGGCGAGACGUAUGCCCAUGUAGUUGUCAUAACAAUGAAGAACUCUCUUUUUUCCCAUGUCACAUGGACAGUGUUCUCGCGUAUCACAGAAUAUGCAUAUGUCGAAUUUGACAGGAUAGAGGCCCCGCAAGCUGCAUGUCGUUUCAAGGUUCAAGGUUGAACGGUACUGAAUCUCCUUAGGGCCAAAUUUAGGUACCCUUCAGGAAAUGCAUCUUCUGCAUCAUGUGAGACAAAGGGUGAUGUAUCUUGUUUCUCGUUCAGUUUCAAUUUUGACCCACUUCAUUGUUCAGCGGUGUAAAAUUAUAGAAUCAAUGAUUUGCAAUUUCGUG